UGUUACCUAGACAGCUCAGGGCCCUGCCAGCUCAGUUCCUCCCAUCAUCUCUGACAUAUACAUAGCAGGAAAAGAAAGUACAACACCUUCCUUCAUCUACCAUUCCAGAUACAUAUGCAUACACACACUGGCGACCGGACAAAAUGAUCCUGCUGCCCCUGGUAUGGAUAAUGUUGACGGUAUCGCUGUGCAGGACAGCAGGUUCAAGCCAGAUCCUGCUACAAGAUUCCAUCAGUGUUCUUUAUCCGAAGAUCCCUAGCACAGAGACUCUUGAGUGUGACUGUGGUGACAUCACCUGUGAUUCUGUCUACUGGUUCCGCAGUAUUUCCAACCAGAGCAAAAUACAGUUCCUGGGUAGAUGCAACAAUGCUGACCGUGUUAACUAUGGGGCUGGGGUGAAUGAGGCACGGUUCAAAUUUAACAAGAGGGGUAGCUCGUCCUUUGUGCUACGCAUCAUCAAUGUGACAGAGAUCGAUACAGGGAUUUAUUCUUGUGUCGUAAAGGAAAAGAGCAACAUGGAACUGUGGAAGGCCGGGACUUUACUUCUGCCGGGAGUGACCCCUCCAACACCACCUCCUAAGAUAAAACCCAAGCCGCCGGUCAAGCCAGUCUGUUCCUGCUCUAAUGAGGAAAUUUCACAGGAUGGCUGCGGCUCCCUGGUUCUGUGGCCGUUGGUUGGACUUAUCACAGGCCUGGCUCUAGCUCUCGUCUGCACACUCUAUUACUUCAGCCGUCUACCCAAAAAAUGUCGCCACCACUUUGUGAAGAGGAGGUAAAUGACCUAAAGCAUCACAUCGCAUCGCAUGUUCAACUCAGAUGGCUGAAGUGUUUCACUAGAGCCAACGUCCAGCGGAGCAUGAAGAUCUACUCUGAUAAUAAAAACACGUCACGUUUGUUUCAGUAAAAUAUGUGCUCAGCCAGCGAAGAGCUUUAGCUUUCCUUAGCAGCAACAUCUAUAUGACAUAUUGUGACAUGGUGUGUGUGUUUUUGUUACAUAUUUUACAAAGCAAGUUGUUUUAACCCAUGUGCUGUAACUUUUCAUUUGUAAUGUUUUUGAUUUGUUAGUAAUCAUUGUACAUAUUACAUCAUAAUUUAUCAAGGUGCUUUUUCACUUCAAUGGGUUUGUGAUGUGUAGUUUCGGCUUUUUAAAAUUUUUAGUAUUAAAUCAAGACCAGCUGGGCAGUACUUUUUCUCAAAAUCAAUAUUGUGAUAACAUUUCUUUCUGUACCUUAACAGAGAAGUCUAAUCUGUUGGUUUACAUGCAAAAAGCAGGCAGAGCAGAAAUAUGUUUGCUCAUUUGCUUUUUGAUCUCUUCUCUAUUUUUGCUCUUAUUUUUUUGUCUUGUGUUCAUACAGUGAGCAAAAACAGUACAGUCAAGUAGAUUUUCUGUAAGCAUAAGUCUGUUAGAUCA